AUGGGAGACAUGGAGAAACUUCAGAAGAAGAGGGCAGUCGCCCGAGGGUGGGCAACUCGCAAAUCUAACACAUUGAAGGGCCUUCUCAACAAUCCAGAUGUCAGUGUCAUCGAUCUGCAAGCUGCCAUGGAUGACUUUGAUCAACGUCUUGCCAGUUUGGAGGAGGUACAAACUUUGUUAGAAUUAGAGACUGAUCUUGCGAACUUGGAUGAAGAGCUCGAUAACGCCUCUGAGUUUUUUCAAGAAGUCCGUAAGCCCUGGCUGCAAGCUGCACAGAGGUUGGGGGAUUUGAUGAAAGGUGAGAAGAGUGAAUCUAUUUCAUCCUCUAGUCCCAGUAAAAUAUCUAGUAGCAACAAGAUGACAAAUGUAAAGUUAUCCAAAUUAGAGUUACCAAAGUUCAAAGGAGAUGUAACUCUGUGGCAGUCAUUUUGGGACCAGUUUAAGACUCAUGUGCAUGAUUCUGACAUUCCAGUGAUAGCUAAAUUUAGCUACCUGCAGUCAUUAUUGGAAGGAGAUGCAAAGGGUGUUGUAAAAGGACUUGCACAUACCGAAGCAAAUUACCAAAUUGCUUGUGAUAUGCUGAAAGAAAGAUUUGGAAGACCUGAGCGUAUUAAAUUUGCACAUGUACAAGCACUUUUGAAUUAUAAAUCUUCUGUGAAAGGCAAGGGACCAAAGUAUGUGUCCUCCUUGUGGAAUCUAAAUGAUGAAUUGCUGACACACAUCCGUAGCCUAGAAGCUUUGGGAGUAUCAGGGGAGCAGUGUGAAGUGUUCCUGACCCCCAUCAUCCUGGCAUGCCUUCCUGAGGAGCUAAGAAUGGAGUGGGCCAGAGAAGGCUCUGGCCAUGAAAGUGACCUCAGUUGGUUGCUGCAUUUUCUUCAGAGAGAAAUUGAGAGAAUUGAGAGAUCAGAAACCUUCAGUGUUGUGUUAGGGAAGGCAGAAGGACGGUUUGUGGAAUCUGAGAAAAGAAGAGUACCAUCUGCAUCAGCUCUGUACACAUCAUCUGAAGCAGGAUCAUAUUUUUGUGCAUUCUGCAGCAAGAAACACAAGUCUGAGAAGUGCUGGGAUAUUCAGAAGCUCUCAUUUAAGGAACGUGAAGAAAGGAUUAAAGCAACCCGUUUAUGUUUUAAGUGUUUAAGUAAGGGACAUAUUGCCAGUGGUUGUCGAAUCAAGUGUUCCAAGUGUAAUGGAAAUCACAAUUCUCUUUUGUGUAGAGCAAAGGGCGACAUAAACUCCAAUAAAGCUAUGAAAAAGGACAUUAGUGAUCAGAAGAUUAGUGAUACUGCUGAAUCUUCUUCAGAGAAUUGCAGUCCUGAAGUGAAUCAUGUUGGAGUUGCUCUUAGUAAGUGUAAUGUGUUAACAAAAACUAGCUAUGUGUUACAAACGGCUAGAGUUAAAGUGUAUGGUGAUUCAGGUAUUUGUUGUGAAGCCACCUUGUUAUUUGAUACUGGCUCUGAUAGAUCUUAUGUGUCCAGUAAUUUUGUGAAGAAAGUUAAGCCUAAGUGGGUGAGCUCGGAGACGGUGUCAUAUGCUGCCUUUGGAGGUAGUAAGUCUCAUCCAGACUUUCAACUUGCUGAUGAUUACAAAAAUAAUAGUCACCUGAGUAUAGAUAUACUAGUAGGUUUGGAUGCUUAUUGGGGACUUAUGGAUCCUGAAAUUAAGCCAUAUCAGAGAAAUGGAUUAGUAGCCCAAAGGUCUGUCUUUGGUUGGGUUUUGUCUGGCUCAUGGAUGAAUUCUACUAACAAGCCAUUUGAGGCUACCCAAAUGUUAUGCAUAGGAAAUGUAACAGAUUCUGAUUUACGGGAAUUUUGGCGUUUAGAAUCUGUUGGAAUAACUCAAAAGGAAACUGUUACUUGCCCAUUUACCUCAGACCCUGUUCUACAACAAUUUUGUGGAAAUGUUAAGUUUGAUGGGGGGCGUUAUGAAGUAGGCUUACCCUGGAAGUCGGAUGACUAUGAGGGAAUAAUUGAGGAAGUCCCUUCAAAUGAGAUUGUAUGUUCUCAGCCCAUUUAUUAUAUGCCUCAUCGUCCAGUUGUUAAAGAAAGCAGUACUUCAACUAAGAUUAGACCAGUUUUUGAUGCUUCUGCAGCUAGUUACAAUGGCGUUUCUUUAAAUGAUUGUCUUGAGUCUGGUCCUUCACUUAUUCCUGAUCUUGUGAAAGUUUUGAUUCAUUUCAGAAGGUGGAAAGUUGCACUGACUGCUGAUAUUACCAAGGCUUUCUUACAUAUCUGUGUUCAGCAAAAGGACCGAGAUGUUCAUCGCUUUCUUUGGAAAUGCAAAGACUCCAUUAGAAUUAUGAGGUUUAUGCGUGUCCCCUUUGGCAACACAUGUAGCCCUUUUUUGCUAAAUGCAACUUUCAAAUAUCACUUACAGUCUUUUCCUAAUACUGAAGUCAUAGAAGAAUUAAAGGAAAACCUUUAUGUGGGUGAUUGGCUGUCAGGGGCAGACAGUGCUGAAGAGGCUUCUGAUAAGUUUAAAGAAGCUCAGAGAAUUUUGACAUUAGCAGGGUUUCCUCUUUCUACAUGGCGUUCAAACUGUAGAUUACUGACUACAAAGUUUAAUGACAAAAUUGAUCAUGGUAAGGAACAUGUAUCCACCAAGGUUUUAGGUAUGAUGUGGUUAUCCUUAACAGACCAGUUUGUUUUUGGGGACUUUGAUUUAGAUACAGAGACGCAGUUGGUGUCAACAAAAAGAGCAGUUCUGAGUCUCAUAGCCAAGCUUUUUGACCCACUUGGUUUGAUUAGUCCCUUUGUCAUGUAUGCUAAAAUCCUCUUUCAAGACAUAUGGAGACUUGGGCUUGAUUGGGAUGAAGUACUACCUAAAGAGUUGCAAAAUAAGUUCCAGAAUUGGGUUAAGAGUAUUGCUGCUCUUAAAUACUGGAAGAUAAAUCGCUGCUAUUUCCCAGAAAUUUCAUGGAGUAAGUUGUCGGGUCUGGAACUUCAUGCUUUUGGUGAUGCUUCAGAGAAGGGGUAUGGAGCUUCUGUGUACUUAAGAGUUCCCCUUGGGGGUGGGACAUACCAGGUGUCAUUUGUAGUAGCAAGGUCUAGGGUAGCUCCAAUAAAAAGGGUUACUUUAUCCCGACCAGAGUUGCUUGGGGCUUUACUUUGUGCUCGGCUCUUAGAAAACUGUGGAUCUACCUGUAGAAGAAAGUUACUGUGA